CCCCCCCACCCCCUCCGGCCACGAUGUCGCGAUCCAGCUCCCGCAUCGACGAGGUCGCCUUCCUCGACCGCAUCACCAAGCUCGCGGACACCUGGCGGAGCCACCCGGAGCUCUUCAACCACGCUUCGCAGUUGGUGGUCAUUGUCGGCAAGAAUGACUCCAACAAUGACAACGACCUGGACGGCUUCGAGACCGGUCUCGGCGGUGACUCUGGCGAGAAGAUGCAGCUGACUCAGCGCGCCUCGGCCAUGCACCACUGGCUCUUCGGCUAUGAGGUCCUCAACACGCUGCUCAUUUUCUCCCUCACCAAUGAGGAGGAGUCCCACACUUCGGUCGGCCUCAAUCUGGAGAUCGUCUGCAGCAACCGCCUCGCCGCCUUCUUCAAUGGCAUCCCCCCCGAUGUUGCCAGCCGGUGCAAUCUCGUUGUGCGCGGCUUCGACACCACUCAGUCGCCGCUGGACCAGCUGUCCGAGGCGGCCAGCGCCCUCUUCGAGCGCGUCUCCACCGUGGCCGAGAUUGCCGUCCUCCCGAGCGGCCGUUCGGAGAGCAACUUCUCCGCCGCCUGGAAGGAGGCGCUCACCACGGCCGGCAACGCGCGCAACCUCAAGUUCAGCCUGAACACCGCGCCCACCUUCGCCGAUGGCCUGGCCGAGGCCAUGAUCCCCAAGGACAACACCGAGAUGGACAACAUCCGCUCUGCCGCCACCGUGGCCGGGGCCUCCAUGCGUGCGGUGGUCUUCCGGCGCCUCUACUCCUAUGCGGAUCGCGGCCGCGCGGUCACCCACGAGGCUUUCGGGGCCAGCCUUGAUCAGUUCCUCGAGGAGCCCACGGAGAAUCUCCUGGAGGAGCUUCGCGUUGAGAGCACUAUUGAUGCGGACUUCCUCGAGCUCGGCCACAUGACCACCGUCCUGUCUGGCCCUUCGACUGCCCGGCAAUCGACCCUUGUCAAGGGCUGGCCUGGUCCUCCGGGCCUGGAACCGACCCAGCGCCUGCGCGACACGGCCGGUUCCUGUGUGUCGGUGGCCCUGACCAUGCGCUACCGAAACUACUGUGCCCCGGUGGCGCGUACCUUCCUCUUCAGCCCUUCUCAGGACCAAUCCGAUGACUAUGAGGCUCUGCUGGCCCUGCGCCGUCAUCUGCUGGUCAAUCUCCUGACGCCGGGGGCCAAGCUGGCACACAUCUACCGCGCGGCCAAGAACUUUGUCGAGGCUCGCCGGCCGGGGCGUUCGCAGUACCUUUCCCCGGUGCUGGGGUUCAUGACGGGGCUACGCUUCCGCGAGUCGGAGUUCACCAUUUCCGAGAGCACCCCCGACCAUGUUACCCUCCAGGCCUCAGCCAAUCUCUGCCUUUCGCUGAGCUUCGUGGAUGUUCCCUUCGCUUCGGCGGACAGCCGGUGCUACUCCCUCUACCUGGUGGACACGGUGGCCAUCUUCCGGAAGCCUGUGCAGCCGGCUUCGCCGCUGGCGGCGGCCAUCCUGGCGCCUCUGCACUCGGACGGCCCGGACGCCGCGGCACCGAUGGCCUUGCAUGCACAUGUCUUGACCUUCCGCGCCCCAUGGCGCCUGCGUGACAUCAUCCUGCAUGUGGUCGAUGAGCAGGGCGGCUCCGGGGCUGGGGCCGGCUCCAAGCCCGAAUCCGAGGACGAGGGCCCGCGCACGCGUGCCGGCGCCGCCGGGCGUCGGUCCAUCCUGAUGGAGGACCGCCUCCGGAGUUCCGAGGGGAUGUCUCGCGAGGAGCAGCGCCAGCUCGUCCAGAAGGAGCUCUUCAACCGCAUGCAGGAGCAGGGUAAAAUCCGCCAGGAGGCCGCCCACUCGAAGGACGGCUACUCGGAGGGCGGUAACUCGGCCACCGAGCUCCGCAAGUACGAGGCCUACCGCGACGAGUCGCAGAUCCCGCCCGAUCGCCAGUACCGGCGGAUUUUCAUCGACCGUCGGGCCGACGCUGUGGUCCUGCCGAUCUUCGGCUUGGCGGUCCCCUUCCACCUGUCCACCAUCCGGUCGACCACCCUUUCAGCGGCCGCCGAGUCUGGCUUCCUCCAGCUGCGCAUCAACUUUGCCACGCCCGGGCAGACCGUCAGCAAGCGCGAGGUCAUGACGUACAUGCCGCCAAACCAGACCUACAUCCGGGAGCUGACCUUCCGUGCGCCCGAGCCGGCAGACAAUCUGCGCCACAUCAGCGAUGAUAUCAAGAAUGCGCGCCGGGCCUUUGUUGAGCGUGAGAUCGAAAAGCGCGAUCGCGAGCACCUCAUUGAUCAGGAGCAGCUGAAGCUCAUUGAUGGCCGCGUUCCUGUGCUGGAUGGCAUCCGCAUUCGCCCGAGCCUUGGGCCUGUCCGCGGUGGCGGCGGUGAUGCCGGGUCCCUGCAGAUCCAUGCCAACGGCAUCCGGUUCCGGUCUCGCGCCCAGGGCCAUGUUGACAUCACCUUCGCCAACAUCAAGCACAUGAUCUUCCAGCCGUCCGAGGGCGAGCAGGUGGUGAUCCUGCACUUCCACCUGCGCCAUGCGAUCAUCAUCGGCCGCAAGAAGACGGUCGACGUGCAGUUCUACUACGAGGUGGUCACCGUGAACUAUGAUGACGUGACGUCGGCCUCCUCUUCGCGGCGUCUUGGCGCUGGCGCCUCGGCUCAGAGCGAGGCCGAGCUCGAACGCAUGGAGCGCCGUCAGCGCCUGAUCAAGGACCGCGAGUUUGACAAGUUCGCCGAUCGAAUCUCCCGGCAGAGCAACGGCGCGGUCAAGGUCGACACGCCCAUUCGAAACCUGGCAUUUUCGGGUGUCCCCUUCCGCGCGAAUGUCCUCAUGCAGCCGACCUCCUACACGCUGAUGCACAUCACCGAGGCGCCGUACUUCAUUGUCACCCUGGAGGAGGUGGAGCUCGUCUAUUUCGAGCGCAUUACCUUUGGGCUCCGGAAUUUCGACAUGGUCUUCAUCUUCAAGGACUAUGCCCGGCCGCCGGUCCGCGUGUCGGUCAUCCCGGUGCAGCAGCUGGAGGACAUCCGCAACUGGCUGACCACGUGUGAGAUUCCUUUCCUCGAUGGCCGCGUGAACCUCAACUGGAACCAGGUCAUGCGCAACGUCCGCGAGCCUUACUUCUUCCAGGACGGCGGCUGGUCCAUCUUGGUCGAGGGUUCCGACUCCGAGGAGGAGGAGGUUGACAGUGGCCCGGAGUUUAUUCCCUCCGAUGCAUCCUCUUCCGAGUCGGACUACAGCUCAGAGGACGACGCUUCCGAGGAGUCGGACUUUUCCGAAGAGGAGGACUCCGGUUCGGAGUCCGAGUACGACGACUCCGAGGAGGAGUCGGAAUCUGACGACGACUAUUGGCAGCUGCCGUGUUCCAGCCGCCGCAACCGCGAGCCUGUGGUUUUCUUCACGACGACCGCCGAUUCGGGGUGUGUCGGAUUUCACUUCGGUCCGAGCCCUUCGGCGGCCGGGCGUGCGAGCACCUGCGCGGACCUGGGGGCAUGA